UUGUUAAUAAAACAUCAAGAAUCGACUCCGCCCCAACUUGCAUUGAGAAGAUCAAUGAGAUAUAUACCAAGAAAAAUGAAAGGCAGCACCCUCCUGCACCAUUUUUCCUUCCUAGCCCUGCUAUCGAGACAUGCCGAGUGAUGAACUAUAGGAUACUCUCAAGUACUAGUCAACGUGUGGGAAAUGGGACUGAGACCCUGCGAAUCGUGAAGACCCUUCAAACCAGAGCAUUUUUUCAAAUCAGCAUGGGAUUUCAAUGGUAA